AUGAGGAUAGCUGUUUAUAGCCUCCUUGCAUUCUGGCUUGCAGCCUCGUUGGUUACUGGAAGAUCUACGAGGAAACAACGAUCAACAUUUCAGCAAGAUCCACUGUGGCUCCUGACUUCACAAUCGCCACAAAGACUAGAUACAUACCAAUUUACAACCAGUCCAUUUGCUAACUGGUUUACUUCCGAUACAUUUGGUCAGAAUAAUAACUAUGGAUCUAGGAAUGCUAAUCAGUGGAGAACUAGUGGAUCUAAUACGCGAGCUACUGGUGGGUCUAAACCCACGGCUAUAACCAGAAGAAGAUCUAAUACGAAAAGCGAUCCAUGGCCCGACAAUAACGGGAGGGCCAACACUCAAUGGGCGCAAACGCAAGGACGCAAAAAGAAACCUGAAAGAAAUACAAAAUAUGCCAGUAAUACCCGUGUAACACCUGCCAAUAGAGUUAACAGCGGACGUGCCAACACCGACCCGUGGCCAAACAACAACAACGGACGUGUCAACAACGAUCCAUGGCCAAAUAACAACAACGAACGCACAAACAACGACCCGUGGCCAAAUAACAACAACGGACGCACCAACAACGAUCCAUGGCCAAAUAACAACAACGGACGCGCCAACAACGACAAACAAAAAGAACUUGUUGCUGAAGAUUUUAGUUUCUACAGCACACACUAUAGUUUAGAUGAUGCUAAAGAACCAACACGUUCUGUUGAUGAAUAUCUUCUGUCAGUAGAUUGUGAAGAUGUCACGAAUGAUGGACAAAACAUCAACCUCCAAGAUACACCUUCAAAUAUUUAUUGCUGGCAUACUGAUUCCUUUUUAAAUGGAGGAUUGGCAAGACAUACCAACUGUAUUCAACUUGACGCUUACUUGAUAGGUCGUUUCAUUGUGGAAUUAAAUCCGAGGAAAAAGAAACGAGGAAUUGUGUCGACUUCAUCUGUUCGUAAAUAG